UUAGUGAAAUUUCACACGGUAAAACAAGCAGAUGCCGUCAACCUCGAGAAAAUUGCACUUCACCUUAACGUUCUUAAUUACUCGCCAGAACAAUAACAGUUGGCGGCCAUAAUGCGUCCAUUUUCUGGUAGCGACUGCAUGAAGCCCGUCGGUGGCUGCAUCAAUCGUGCCUUUGGCAACAAGGAGCCCUGGCAGGUGGCAGCCAUAACGGCAACAACAGUCCUGGGCACCGUUUGGAUCUGGACCGAACUCACAAAAGAUGAAAGUCUGUAUGUGCGGGGCAAGCGUCAGUUCUUCAGGUUGGCCAAGAAGAUACCCGCUGUUCGCCGUGAAGUGGAGAAGGAGCUGAGUAAGGCCAAAAACGAUUUUGAGACGGAAAUUCAGAAGAGCAAUCAGCACUUGACGUACACGACACGUCUGCCCGAGAAGGGUUUGAGCAAGGAGCAGAUUCUUGGCCUGGUCGAUGAUCAUCUGAAGACAGGACAUUACGAUUGGCGCGAUGGACGCGUCUCGGGCGCUGUCUACGGCUACAAUCCGGAGCUGGUGCAGCUGGUCACUGAGGUCUAUGGCAAGGCAUCCUACACGAAUCCGCUCCAUUCCGAUCUCUUUCCGGGUGUGUGCAAAAUGGAGGCAGAAGUGGUGCGCAUGGCUUGCACCCUCUUCAAUGGCAACAGCUCCAGUUGCGGAACAAUGACAACCGGCGGCACCGAGUCCAUCUGCAUGGCCAUGAAGGCAUAUCGCGACUAUGCCCGCGAGCACAAAGGCAUCACCAAGCCCAACAUUGUGGUACCACGCACAGUGCACGCUGCCUUCGACAAGGGCGGACAGUACUUCAAUAUUCAUGUGCGCUACGUGGAUGUCGAUCCGGACACCUACGAAGUGGACAUCAAGAAGUUCAAGCGUGCCAUCAAUUCUAAUACUAUUCUGUUGGUUGGUUCUGCGCCCAAUUUUCCAUAUGGCACGAUUGAUGAUAUUGAAUCUAUUGCGGCGUUGGGCGUUAAAUAUGAUAUCCCUGUGCAUGUGGAUGCUUGUCUGGGCAGCUUUGUGGUUGCUCUGGUGCGUCAUGCUGGCUACCAGUUGCGCAACUUCGAUUUUGCGGUCAAGGGUGUGACGAGCAUCUCGGCCGAUACGCAUAAAUAUGGCUUUGCGCCGAAAGGCUCAUCGGUCAUCAUGUAUUCGCACAAGAAGUUCAAGGAUCAUCAGUUUACGGUCACAACCGAUUGGCCCGGUGGCGUCUAUGGCUCACCAACGGUGAACGGUUCGCGUGCUGGCGGCAUCAUUGCCGCCUGCUGGGCCACAAUGAUGAGUUUCGGCUACGAGGGCUAUCUGGAGGCGACCAAACGCAUUGUCGACACGGCUCGUUAUAUUGAGCGAGGUGUACGUCAAAUCGAUGGCAUUUUUAUCUUUGGCAAGCCGGCUACGUCGGUCAUAGCCAUGGGAUCCAAUGUUUUUGACAUUUUCCGACUUUCCGAUGCACUGUGCAAACUUGGCUGGAAUCUAAACCCCCUGCAAUUUCCCUCUGGCAUCCACAUCUGCAUUACGGAUAUGCACACCAAGCCUGGCGUUGCGGAUAAGUUUGUGGCCGAUCUGCGCACCUGCACGGCGGAGAUAAUGAAGGAUCCCGGACAGCCGGUGGUUGGCAAAUUUGCUCUCUAUGGCAUGGCACAGAGCAUACCCGAUCGAUCAGUUAUUGGCGAGGUGACCCGACUCUAUAUACACUCCAUGUACUAUACGCCCGAAAAGUGAAAUGUGCUCCACCGUAUCAGCUAGUAGAGAUCACUAGUAGUAGCUGUAGACUACUAGUGCAAUACAAUUCCCCACACACCACCAAACAGAAUAGCUCUUAUUGUUAUUGUUCCCACACUAUAGUAUAUUUAUAUCUAGCAUUUAUAACAAUGCCUCUAUAUAUUUAAUGUAAUGCAGGGUACAAAAUGUGUUUGUUACUGAAAUUAUUCGAGAUCUUGUGUAUUCGUCAGAGAAGCUAAGCUAUGUUUAACAACUGUGAAGUGUCUUUUUGUAUACUUAUUAAACUCAUAUCUAUGUAAUUGCUCAAAA